CCCUAGGCGUCGCGCUUCCCGCCCCCGCCCGCGGCGUCGCGUGGUGCACGCCGGGACUUGUAGUCCUGACGGCGCGCGCUCUGCAGGCCUCGGGCGAGCGGGCGGACUCCAUCUCCCAGGAGUCUGUGCGCGGGCGGCGGGCGCUGUGUGCGCGCACAGUCCCGCGGGCCGAGGGUCUGUCGGGCGCACGACCCCGGCUGUCGGCGCUCCGGCGGCGUUGAGCGCGGCGGCCUCUGCAGAAUACUGCUCUGCUCUGACUUAUGGUCCCUACAGGAGAAGCAGGGAAGAUGUCCAACGAGCCGCCCCCUCCUUACCCCGGGGGGCCCACAGCUCCCCUGCUGGAGGACAAAAGUGGAGCCCCCCCACCCAGCUCAGGCCGCACCUCUCCAGCCGUGAUGCAGCCCCCACCAGGCAUGGCAAUGCCCCCGGCAGACAUCGGCCCACCACCCUAUGAGCCACCAGGCCACCCAGUGCCCCAGCCCGGCUACAUCCCCCCCCAUAUGAACGCAGAUGGCACCUACAUGCCUCCAGGUUUCUACCCUCCUCCAGGCCCCCACCCACCCAUGGGCUACUACCCACCAGGCCCCUACCCUGGCCCUGGGGGCCACACGGCCACAGUCCUGGUCCCUUCAGGAGCUGCCACCACAGUGACCGUGCUCCAGGGAGAGAUCUUUGAGGGCGCGCCUGUGCAGACGGUGUGUCCCCACUGCCAGCAGGCCAUCACCACCAAGAUCUCCUACGAGAUUGGCCUGAUGAACUUUGUGUUGGGCUUCUUCUGCUGCUUCAUGGGGUGUGACCUGGGCUGCUGCUUGAUCCCCUGCCUCAUCAACGACUUCAAGGAUGUGACACACACGUGCCCCAGCUGCAAGGCUUACAUCUACACGUACAAGCGCCUGUGCUAACCAGUGCCCAGGACUGGACCCGCUGUCAGUCACCCUGUGCUUCAUCCCCCGUGCCCAGUGGCUAGCUUCCCUGCUCCCCGUCAGGGGCAGAAGCCGCUCUACCACUCCCUUGGAAGCCUUCUCCUCUUCACCUUGCCCUACCCUGAGCCGCUGACUUGGCAAAAAUUGUGUUGGUUUAAGGCAAGGGUGAGCAGGUGGCAGAGA